CAUGGCCUUUACACGUACGAGUUUUUAUCUAUCUGUAGAUAUAAUAUUUGGUUUUAUAGUGUUACAGUACUGUACACAACAUGUCAUACUAAGAUGAUUUCGGAAAUUUUAACACUGGAGAAAGUUAUUCAGGCUUUCGACAAGGUGAAGGCCGAAUUCGAAUUCAAUAAAGGAAGAUUAGCUGUUAUAACAACAGAUAGGUAUGAAGCUACGUACAAUAUCAUGGGUUAUCAUUUUACCCCUGACGAACCUCUCAGUAAGGCGUUUGGUGUGACAUGGGUAGAAGACUUUGAAGAUUUGGUGUACGGUAUACUGAAACAGAACAUAUCUAUUUGCAUGAUAUCUAGGGACACAGAUGAAGUGAUGGGGGUACGUGUAAUGUCGACCAUGAGGAGGUCAGACCCGCCGCUUGACUUAUCGUCAAUGAAAUAUGAAUCAUUACGAGAUCUUUCAAAGUUUUUGCACCAAAAAGACAAUGAAGUAAAAUUUUUUGACAGGUACAGUGUUGAUGAAGCUGUACAUUUUAAUACUUUAGGUGUUCAUAAAAACUUCCGUCGGAUCGGACUUGGAGGUCGACUGAUUGGAGCGGCUGUGGCUUUAAGCAGGGAGUUAGGUUUCAAAGCAAUCACUGGUGAAGGAACCUCUAACUUCUCUCAGAGGAUAUAUGAGAAAGAAGGAUUUGAAACUCUUGCUAUCUUAUCAUAUGACACUUACAUGUAUAAAGGACAACCCAUCAUAAACGCAACUGGUGAACACAAGAUGACAAAAAUUUAUGGUUUAAAGUUAUAAAACAUGCAAUCGAUUCAAUGCAUUAAGACUUGUAUAUAUACGAAAAUAAAACAUAAGAACAAGCACAAAGUUUCGGAACAAAGUCUCCUCAGAAACAGUUGGUGCAAUUUCACCAAAACUUUACAGUGAUGAUCAGUACAAUGUCUUGUUGUGCAUCUCAUCAAUAUUUUUCGAUUUAAUGUUUUUUCAGAGUUAUGGCCCUUGAAUGAUUUUAAUUUUUAAAAUUUGUCCGUAUUACUCCUCUUAUGCCACUGAUGCAAUUUCAAUGAAUCUUUACACGGUUGAUCGGUAGCUCAAGUACUCGAGCAUAUUGCAUUGGUUUUCCGGUUGAAGGAUUUUUAGCCGAGUUAUGGCAUUUGAAUAAAAACAUGUUUUGUCUGUUAAUGACUAUUUGUGUCUCCUGCUACACAGUAGCUGUCACAUGCAAUUGGCUAUCAUGAGGCGACUAUGUGAUCACUGAGUGCCCUUGUUUCUUAACAGUAGGUUAUUUACAAAAUAUUUUGUAAGGGGUAUUUAGUUAUUGUAUCCUGAGUGGUUUCAUAAUAACAUGAAAACAAGUAACGAAUUUAAAUUAUUGUUGAGUUUUGUUGUAAUAAAAAAAAAACGAAAAUCUAUGGUUGUAUGCUGAAAUUUUUAAAUAAGUUUAUAAAUAAAAUGACUGCAUAUAUAUUAUUGUGUACUUAAAGAGACAAGUGAUUUCAAUUUGUCAAAUAUAUAGAGGAUAUUCAUGUUUUCUCUUUAAAUACAGGAUUUAUUUUUAUCGAGUGGUAUGGAAAUAUAUAAAUAUUUCAUGAGUGACCAAUACCUCAAGAUGAAAAUAAAUCCUUUACUUAUUUAAAAAACUUUAAUUUUCUGUUUUGGCAUAACAAUUAAUUUCUUUAAAAUUGUGUGUACCAAAUGUAGUCCUGCAAGAGAUCAGUGAAAAUACGUUUCACUACAGUGGAAAAUAAAGUUUUACAGUGAAAAAAAAAACGGAAAAUAGAAAUACGCAUUUUAUUUCACCAAAAUUUCAUUUAUAUGUCUAUAAUACGUAUUUGAUAUUUUCUGCAUAGCAAAGAUUAAAAAACAAAACAAGA